CUUAGACUAAAAUUUUUAUGAAUAAUAAUAUUUUGUGCGCAAAAUAAUGUUUUUUUUUCAUUAUUUCCGAAUAUUAUUUGCAACUUUCGGCUAAAAAAAUUUGUUAAGUAUUUGUUUACAAACUCAAAGGGGUUGCGAACCUGUGAGCGCGUUCAAGCAAGGCGCCCAGCAAAGAAAGAAAUAAAUAAAUAAAAGCAGCGCAUGCGCAGAAAUCACAACAAUUGUGAUAACAACCCAAAAAACGGACCAUAACACAGUGACCACAAGAAAGGCAGAUGUAAAGUGAGAGACAAAUGAAAAUUCCACAAAUUGAAAGUGUAAAACAGGAAAUUUCAGCAUUUAAAUUUUGCUUAAGAGACAAAGAGCGAUAAAAAUAAUUAUUUUAAAUAAUUAAAUUUGCAGUGGUGACUCGAGUGUUUAACCGCCCAAUUUCUAUUAUUAUUAUUUCAAUAAUGAAAGCGAAUUCGCAGUGAAUGGCAAGAGAAGUGUACACACGGCUCGGAAGCUUGAUAAAGCGAAGAAUAGUGGAAGAAGCUUAUUAGAAUACGAGCGACGUCGAAAGCAACAAAUACAACGUUGAGUACAGUGUGUGGCGUACAUUGACACGGCAACUAUACUAUUUAACGGCACAUUAAUAACGGGAAACGCACGAAAAAAUAUUAAACAAUAAACAGAAUUUAUUACGCAAUCAAUGAAAGAAAGUGCAAACCAACAAAAGACAAUAAUUUACAAAACGGAAAUACAUUAGCGUGUAAGGAAAGCAGCAAAGUGAGAAAGAAAUAAUCGACGUGCGUAGGACCUCUGUGUACGCUUUGCCAGAGGAUACACACAGCGGGUGCCACCCAAAAAACACAAAAAAAAAAAAAAAAAAUUAAAAAUUCGAAAGUCAAGUAAUACUGCCAGUAAGCUAGAGAAUAAACCCUGCUUGUUAAUCAGACAUUCAGCAAAUAACAAAAAAUAAUUGUUGUUGUUGUAUGCAAAUAACGCAUCAACUUUAAGCGUAGCAAUGUCUAAAACUCCAUCAUUCGACAAAGAUCGCGAUUACAUUGGCUUCGCCACUCUACCGGAGCAGGUGCAUCGGAAAUCAGUGAAACGCGGUUUCGAAUUUACGCUCAUGGUUGUUGGCGAAUCUGGCCUCGGCAAGUCAACGCUGAUUAAUAGUUUGUUUCUUGGCGAUCUUUACAAGAAUCGCGUAAUACCAAAUGUUGAAGAACGGCUCGAGAAAACGACGCGUGUCGAAAAGAAGACAAUGGAUAUAGAGGAGCGUGGUGUGCGCUUGCGCUUGACGGUGGUGGAUACACCAGGAUUCGGUGAUGGCAUCAAUUGUGAAGACAGUUGGCGCGUUUGUACCGCUUACAUCGAUGAGCAGUUCCGUCAAUACUUCACAGAUGAGAGCGGACUGAAUCGUCGUAAUAUACAGGAUAAUCGCGUGCAUUGCUGUCUGUACUUUGUGCCGCCGUGGGGUCAUAGUCUCCGUCAGAUGGAUCUGGAUCUUAUUCGACGUCUGCAUCGUAAAGUCAAUAUUGUUCUGGUGAUCGCCAAGGCGGAUUGUCUAACCAAAAAUGAGGUGCGCAAAAUGAAGGAACGCAUACUACAAGAUCUGGAGGAUAACAAAAUACAGUUGUAUCAGUUUCCCGAAUGCGAUUCAGACGAAGACGAUGACUUCAAACAGCAAGAUCGCGAUCUAAAAGCUUCAAUACCAUUCGCCGUCGUCGGCAGCAAUACGAUACUUGAGGUGGCGGGCAAAAAAGUGCGUGGACGUCAAUACCCCUGGGGUGUGGUGGACGUAGAGGAUCCCGAACACAGUGAUUUCAACAAAUUACGCACUUUCCUCAUCUCGACACAUAUGCAAGAUCUGAAGGACACCACACAGGAUGUGCACUACGAGAACUUCCGUGCACAAUGCAUCUCACAGAUAUCGCAACAUGCGCUCCGAGAGCGUGGCAAAUUGAAGCGUGACUCGAUCAGUUCGACAAAUGGUUUCGAUGCGGCCAUUACGGAGACCGAUCGUCUGCUCUUGCAGAAGGACGAAGAGAUACGACGCAUGCAGGAUAUGCUCACGCAGAUGCAGGAGAAACUCAAGCAGACACAUUUGAUGGAGAUGAAGAAAAACGAUAGUGUUAUCGAUGUUUAGGUGCGCACGAAGAAAGUGAGCGGUAGCGAGUAACCCAGAGAGCGCAGUUUGAUUGGAGUAUUCCUUGUAGGAACGAUUGAAUCUAAAAGUACCCAUAUUUCGCGCACAACUGUACAACACUGAGUAUUUAUGAUUUGGAAAAUACUUAUUUUGAGUAAUUUUUUCAAGCACAGACACAUACAAAUAUACUGCAAUAUAUAGAGUACACCAUUUAUAGCCAGGUUUGAGUUUAAAUUAAACCAAACAGAGUUACGGUAGCUUAACCUGCACAAGUACUAGGCGCACCAAAGUGUUAUCAGAACCCAUUUUCGAUGAAUUUUCAUUUUCGAAAUUCAGCCAAACCCACAAAAGUGCAAUAAAAUAUGAAUAUUAAUACUAUAUAUACAGAACAACAACGAUCAGCUGUUUUAAGGAUUAUUUCAACAAAUACAAAUUACACAUAAAUACAUUCCACAUUCAUCAUUACAAGAGUGAAAUAUUUAUGUGGCAUGCAACACAUACAUAUAACUGGUUUUUCGAGAAUCCAAACGUUAGCGGUAUUCACAAGCGUUAAAUAGCUACUUACUAAUCAAUUGCAUAUUAAAAGCGAUCAUAUUUAAACGAAAUAUAAAUAAUUAUAAAAAAAUAAUAUUAAUAAUAAAUUAACAUAAAAACAUUUUCGAAAACAGCGCAAAAUAAUGCAUUUAAUAGUGUUGGCGUAUAAAGAGUUCAAAUUGUAUGGCCACACAACAUUUAUUUCGUAAUAGAGCGGUAGGGUUGUGCGAUUAAUCGAUUAUGACUAAAUUGAGUGAUGAUUAAUUGAAAAUAUUAUUAUUGGCAAUUUUAAAUGAAUUAUAAUUAAAUAUUUACCAAAUCGUGGAAUUUUAAUUAGAUUAUCGUACUUUAGUUAAAAUAAAGCAGUUGAAUUGAAGUUAUAGUGAAUGUGAAUUUAGUCAAUCACUGAGGCAAAUUUAAACUAAUUGAAUAUUAAUUAAACAAUUAUUUAAAAAACAUAUUAAAAUCAAAGAAUUUACAUAUUAAAAUUAAAUGAAAAAGUACAAUUUUGACUGAUUUAAUUUGGAAGAAUUAAUUGAAUUAAAUUAAUUUUUUGAAAUUGAAUACAAUUAACAACUCUCAAUACGAAUGACGUGAUUACUUAACAUGAUUACUUUGAGUUAAAUUGAAUUAUUAACAAAUUGAAUUGCUUUCUAAUUUAAUUCAAUUGAUUAUAUUUAACUUGACUAAAUUGAAUUCAUUUAUGGAUAAUUAUUACAUUUUUUUAUUAAGAAUUUAGAUUGUAUUCUUCUAAUUUAUGUUGAACUGAACUAAAUUGAAUGUCAUUAAUUUUAAUUGAUUUAAGUUGGAUGUGAAUUAAUUCAAAUUCUAUCUAGUUCUUCCAAAUUAAAUCAAUUUGUAUUUAGUCGAACUGAUUGAGUUGUGCUUUUAGUCAAACUAGAGUUGUUUAUUAAGUGAAAAUCAACAAUUUAAAAUCAUAUUCAAUUAAAACUCG